AUGGGCAAGUUCCUGCUCAUGCUCCUCCUGCUGGGGUUUUUGCUUCUUGUGCUUGUCCAAGGUCAAGCCACAUUGUGUAUGGUCUGCAGUAUUUUUGUGGGAAACACAUGUUAUGAAGGCCAAGGCAACUGUACUGUGGAACAAGGCCGUGGGUGCAGAACCAGGGAUAUCUAUGUUUUUAAUGUAAGAGAUGGGUUUAGCUACAACCACACUCAAAUGGAUUGUGCUACUCCAUGCCGAGCUUGGAAGCUGAUUAAAGGAGACUUGAAAGUUUCAAGUUUUUGCUGUCAAGGACGAAAGUUCUGUAAUAGACUUCAAGGAAGAUCCGUGGCAAAGAUGCAUUACUGAUAUCAAAGGCCCUUGGCAGUGGUGUGUCUUCACCUAGUUCUUGUAAUGAUGUCUUUGGUCAGUCUCCUUCUAUAUGGGCUCCUGUUAUGCCUGGAGUAUAUUUGCAUAACCCCAAGUAUCAAGUAUCCCUCUUCACUUCUUUCCUAGCCAUGGACUCCCUCCCUCCUGACAGUGUUUUCAUUUCAUCCAUGUUUCCUCUCUCUUCUUCAUUCUCAUCUGAAAACCACCACCAUUUCCCUUUGUCCUGCCUUCUCAUCCCUCAUUGUCAUGUAUUCCUCUAACUAAAUAACUACCUGGCUUCUAGUCCCAAUAAGUUAGAAGUGACUUUCGGGUGCCCAACACACAUAAGGAGUCACACAAAUCAGUAGAAAACUCAGGGAAGCAUGAACCACUGGUGGAUGGCAGAGAGGACUUAAAGUCCAGGAAGAUAUAUAGAAUGGAGGCAGAUAAGUUGGGUUCAUCCUCUUUAAGUGCUACCAAAUAUUUUAGACUUAUCAAUAGCUUAUUUUUGAGGUUUAAAGAAUCUGUCCAAUGAGUUGAGUGAGAACAGGGGUGGAUGAAUCACGGACAUCAGAGAUCACCAAGAUAGAAUGUGGGUAAAAGUCACUCUUGGAAAGAUAGAUGGGUGAUGAUGAUAGAAAUAGGAGGAGAACCAGGUUUGAGCUGUACCACAGUUUUAUUACAACUUGAUGGUUAUUAGGAAUAUGUUCUAUGGAAAAGUGGGACAGCAGCCAUAUGACAGUGGGCUCAGGAAUGAGGUGGCAGUGACUUUGUACAACCUUUCAAGAUGUAUGGGCAGAGGCAGGUGUGUGAACCAAUGGUUGAGAUGCCACUUGGGACACCUGCAUCCCAUAUUCAAGUAUCUUAAGUUCUGCCUUUGUUUCUUUUUUUU